GUGGAAAUGAGAGAGCUUUACGUAGUUCUGCAAGGGUUUUGAACGUAUUUAAUUCAACUACCACCAUUGCUGUUAUUUUAACCCCGUUUUUGUAACAAUUUUCAGUAUUACGAAUUUAUCGUUCUUAUCGAAAUGAUUUGAAGUUUCGUGCAUUCAAACUGACGGAAUUAAUAGAAAUAAAUAUAUAUUAAAUAAUAAGUGCUUUGUAAGAAUAAGUAAAUUCGUUAUUUAGUUUCAUAAGCAAAAAGAAACAAACAUUUUUUGACAUUGUUAUAAUUCUGGGAUAACAAUAUGUAACCAAAAUCAUGAAUGGUUUUCUUGCACUGAUGUGUUCACUUAACAAUAAAACAAUUUAAUUAAAUUAAUCGGUAUUGGCGUUGGUAAUUAAAAUAAGCAAGUAUGAUUGACCCCAGUUCGAGCGAAGAGGAAGGAGACGACGAUCCUGUUGUUAUUCCUGUCACCAAAGGAAGAGUAAAUGUUGCCGCAAAUAAACAAUGCACAACUGCGACCGAUUUAAAUAAUAUUGUAGUUAGUCAGCAUAACGGGGAAAACGCCACAUCUCAUAAUCAAGUUCAUAAGGUAGCAGGAAGUAUCAAUACAGCAGCGCACAACAAUGUUGAUGCUUCUGCCAGUGGAAAUGCGAGUUUCAAUAAAAGCGAAAAUGCCAUGAACUCAAAGGUUGGAAGUGAUGCAUCAGCAAACCUUGAAGUACCACAGAAUGCCAUCCCUAGAUUUUACAAUUCUAAUUUAAAAUCUCAAAUAAACAUUCAUCAAAAUCAUCACAAAAAUAGCUUUUUUAUACAACAUCUGCAACCAACUAAUAAUAUGCUAUCGCAACAAAAUCAUCAUAAUAAGUUUCAUGAAAAAAACGUUAACAAAAGUCAACUACAAAAAGACGACUUAACGAGUUUGAAUAGAAGAUUAUAUAGUCCUGCUGCUUCUGCUGCUGCUUUUGCCAAUAACACUAAAACAAAAUGCCCAGCAACACCAAUUGCUAAUAUUUAUUAUAAUAGCGACUUAAUUGAAGGAAACAAAUCCCGAGGAAGUGUUAGUGGUAAUGGUAGCAGCAAUGCGACAGUAUUAUCUGCACAAUUUCAAAAAGUAGCCAAUAGCAAUAAUAAUAAUCAAAUUUCAAAUCAAACAUUGCUGUCGCCAUCUAGCGGUCCAUCUCAAGAGACUCUUGUUCAGAGUGUGGGUUCAUCUCGUACCAACUCUUUACCCAGGCCAACAUCACCUUCACCAUCAACUGCCAGCGAUAGAAAUGAUGGAGAUAUGCAUGAAAAGCACGAAAGAGAAGAGGAGGAAAGAAAACAUCGUAUACAAUUGUACGUAUUUGUUUCGCGGUGCAUAUCUUAUCCUUUUAAUGCAAAGCAACCAACAGAUAUGACAAAACGACAACCGAAAAUUGGGAAGCAGCAACUUGAAGCAAUUACUCAACGAUUUCAAGCUUUUAUGAAAGGCGAGACUCAAAUAAUGGCGGAUGAAGCAUUUCAAAACGCUGUUCAAAGUUAUCACGAUGUUUUUUUGAAAUCUGAAAGAGUAGAAAAAAUGGUUCAAUCAGGCGCAUGUUCCCAACAUGAUUUCCGGGAAGUGUUUCGAAAUAAUAUUGAAAAACGCGUCAGAUCGUUACCCGAAAUUGAUGGUUUAAGUAAAGAAACAGUUUUGACAUCUUGGAUGGCAAAAUUUGAUAUAAUAUUAAAAGGAAGUGGUGAGGAGGACACUAAACGCCCAUCGCGCAUGCAACAAUCACUCAAUAGCGAGUUAAUUUUAUCAAAAGAGCAGUUAUAUGAUAUGUUCCAACAAAUAUUAAGUGUGAAAAAGUUUGAACACCAAAUAUUAUUUAACGCAUUAAUGUUAGAUUCUGCGGAUGAGCAAGCGGCAGCAAUUAGGCGUGAAUUAGAUGGUCGAAUGCAAAGGGUUAGUGAAAUGGAAAAAAAUCGUAAACUCAUGCCUAAGUUUGUCUUAAAAGAAAUGGAGUCUCUUUACGUGGAAGAGCUUAAGUCAUCAAUUAAUUUACUUAUGGCUAAUUUGGAAUCUUUACCUGUUUCGAAGGGCACAAUGGAUAGUAAAUACGGUUUACAAAAACUGAAACGAUAUAAUCAUAGCACACCAUCAUUUCUCAAAAUGAUCCUUAGGUCACAUGGUUCAUUAUCCAAAUUGGAAGGGGAUUCUGAAGAUGUUAUUACACAGUUAACCAAGUUAGAUGUUGUUCUAACAUUUCAGCUUGAAGUAAUUGUGAUGGAAGUAAAAGGUCUCAAAUCGCUCUCACCGAACCGUAUUGUUUAUUGCACAAUGGAGGUUGAAAAUGGUGAAAAGCUUCAAACAGAUCAGGCGGAAGCUUCGAAACCAAUGUGGGAUACCCAAGGCGAUUUUACCACAACGCAUCCGCUCCCUGUGGUCAAAGUGAAACUAUUUACAGAAAAUCCCGGUAUGUUAGCUUUAGAAGACAAAGAAUUGGGAAAAGUGACAAUCAAACCAACUCCGGUUUCAUCAAAAGCUCCUGAGUGGCAUCGUAUGUUGGUUCCAAAAAAUCUGCCUGACCAAGAUUUACGAAUUAAAAUUGCUUGCCGUUUAGAUAAGCCAUUAAAUAUGAAGCAUUGUGGAUAUCUUUUUGCUAUUGGUAAGUCAGUGUGGAAAAAAUGGAAGAAACGAUAUUUUGUUUUGGUGCAAGUAUCACAAUAUACAUUUGCAAUGUGUAGCUAUAAAGAGAAAAAGUCUGAACCGUCUGAAAUGAUGCAACUUGAUGGAUAUACAGUUGAUUAUAUAGAAGCAGCAAGCGCGAAUCUAAUGUUCGGUAUAGAUUUAAAUGGAGGAAGAUUUUUUUUCAAUGCAGUGCGAGAAGGUGAUAGUAUAGCUUUUGCAUGUGAUGAUGAAAAUGAAUGUAGUCUUUGGGUGAUGGCUAUGUAUCGAGCAACAGGUCAAUCACAUAAGCCAACACCGCCUAUCACACAAGAUAAGAAUUCAGCAAUAUCGAAAAUUCAAGGAGAUGCGGAUAAAGCACGUAAACAUGGUAUGGAGGAUUACAUCAGUGCAGAUCCUUGUACUUUUGAUCAUGCGACUUUAUUUAAGGUUCUACAAAACUUAACACUUGAGUAUCGAUUAAAUGACCCUUAUGCGUCACUGGGUUGGUUUAGUCCGGGUCAGGUCUUCGUAUUAGAUGAAUACUGUGCACGCUACGGUGUACGAGGUUGUUACAGACAUUUAUGUUAUCUGUCUGAUUUACUAGACCGUGCGGAAAAGCAGUCCAUGAUAGAUCCAACUUUAAUUCAUUAUUCAUUCGCGUUUUGUGCAAGUCAUGUCCAUGGAAAUAGGCCGGACGGUGUCGGAAGCAUCACGCAUGAAGAAAAGGAAAAAUUUGCUGAAAUUAAGGAACGUUUACGAGUGCUACUGGAGUUUCAAAUUACAAAUUUCAGGUUCUGUUUUCCUUUUGGGAGACCAGAAGGUGCAUUAAAAGCCACGCUUUCAUUAUUAGAAAGGGUUUUAAUGAAAGAUAUUGUAACCCCUGUACCACCUGAGGAAGUACGCCUUAUGAUUAAGAAAAGCCUGGAAACAGCGGCUUUAGUUAACUAUACUCGGUUGUCUUCGCAAGCAAAAAUAGAAGAGGACCUACGUGGUGAAAUAAUUGUAUCGGCUUCAAAAAAACUUGAGGACCUUAUACAUUUGGCAGAACUUUGCGUGGAUCUAUUGCAGCAAAAUGAAGAACAUUAUGCUGAGUUACGCAAACAUGAUAAAAAGGAAAAAAGGGACAACGAUACUCAAAAGAAUGAAAUUGGUGGAAAUGACGGCACAGCUUCACAAAAUGUAAAUGCUGAUGUGGAAAUACCAAAAUCAAUUAACGAGUCGAAACCUUUGGCAAGUGAUAGCGCAACAUCGUUCCAAUACUGCAUGCCGACUCAUGCAAUCUACCAAUCACCAGUUCCAAUGGCGUUUGCAUGGUUUAGUGAUCUUCUGGUGGAACAUGCUGAAAUAUUUUGGUCUCUUUUUGCUGUGGAUAUGGAUCGCGUUCUGUCUGAGCAACCGCCAGAUACUUGGGAUUCAUUUCCGUUAUUUCAAAUACUUAAUGAUUAUUUACGAGUUGAUGAUAAUCUUCGAAAUGGCAGAUUUCAUCAGCAUUUGAGAGACACAUUUGCUCCACUUGUUGUUCGAUAUGUGGAUUUAAUGGAAUCGUCUAUAGCACAAUCAAUACAUAAAGGAUUUGAAAAGGAACGGUGGGAAAGUAAAGG